CGCACGGAGCAGUACUAGGUUUUGCACAAGUCAUCUUGAAUUAAGUCUAGAAUCAAAAAAAAAUUCUUGUAAACUUUUUUAGAAGUGACGGUGAAAAAACUUUGAAGUAGAUUUUUGUUUAGUGCACUAUGGACUCGCUGUUUGUUAGUAGUCGAAUUUUCCUCAACUCGGAACGCUACCCCGACUUCAUUGCCGGUGGGAUUCUGGUGUCGAGAGUGGAUGGAAAAAUUACGAGGAUUUUUGCCAACGCCAGUGACGUGAGCCUCUACCUGGCGAUACACGAUGCUGAGGUUUUCGACUUUGGAAAUCUUGUACUGAUGCCAGGAUUGAUCGAUUCGCAUGUCCACAUCAACGAACCGGGACGGACGGAAUGGGAGGGAUUUUAUACGGCCACCAAGGCAGCCGCGGCCGGCGGUUUCACCACGAUAUGUGACAUGCCGUUGAAUUCGAUUCCGCCGACCACUACGUUGGCGAAUCUGCGCACCAAAAUCAAUGCCGCACGGGGUAAGAUUUUUGUCGAUGUUGCCUUCUGGGGUGGCGUCGUUCCCGGAAAUACCGGAGAGCUACGGGACAUGAUCUAUGCCGGUGUGGUUGGCUUCAAGUGUUUCCUGUGUCCCAGCGGUGUGGAAGAAUUUCAGCACGUCGGAGAGCAGGAUCUGCACCAGGCACUGGAGGCAAUGGAAGGAACUGGUUCGGUGCUAGCCUUUCACGCCGAGGUUGAAUGCAAGUCUCAUCAGCAUCAGCAACCGAAAAAGAAAACUAAUCCAAAAAAGUAUGAAACAUUCCUCGAUAGUCGACCGGAUGAAAUGGAAGCGGAUGCAAUCGACUUGGUGGCCAAACUUUCCCAGCGGUAUGACGUUCCGUGUCACAUCGUUCACCUGUCGGCUGCCCGUGCGUUACCCUCGAUUCGUACGGCUCGUGCCAACGGUGCCAAACUGACCGUCGAAACGUGUCACCAUUAUCUUUCGAUUGCAGCCGAGGACAUUCCGGACGCUCAUACCGAGUACAAAUGUUGUCCGCCAAUUCGAGCCAAAAGCAAUCAGGAACAAUUGUGGCAGGCGGUUUGUGAUGGCGACAUCAAUAUGGUCGUUUCGGAUCACUCUCCGAGCACACCGGGUAUGAAACUGCUGAAUUCCGGUAAGAAUCGUGGUGAUUUUCUGAAGGCUUGGGGUGGAAUUUCGUCGGUUCAGUUCGGGCUACCACUGUUUUGGACCAACUGUCGACGGUACGGGCUGAAGAUUUCCGAUUUGGUGCGACUUCUAUGCACAGAACCGGCCAAGAUGUGCGGAAUCGAUAAAGUAAAGGGCCGACUGGAAGUGGGCUAUCAUGGAGAUUUCUGCGUUUGGGAUCCGGAGGAUACCUUCACGGUGACGCAGGAUAUCAUUGAGUUCCAGAACAAGGCAAACCCCUACAUGGACCGGAAGUUGAGGGGUGUUGUCCAUGCUAGUUUCAUUCGAGGCACACCCGUCUAUCGUUCGACGGAAAAAUUCGGUGCCCCGGUGGGGAACAUCCUGCUGAAGAAGGUGGCUCGACGAGGAUCCAAGGCGAUAAAGUUUGAAUAGGUGUGCAGGUCUUUGACGAGGAUAGACUCUAGAUUAUUUAAUUUCUUCGGCGAGAUAUCUGCAUAUAUUAUGCAAAUAGUUUAGGAAAUAUGAAUAAGACCCGAAGAUCCUUACUAGUACGUAUUUAGGAUAGGUUAAACUUCAAUUAUGUUGACUUUGUAUUGUUACUUUGUAAGUUUAGUAAUGCUUCAAUAAAUAUUAAAAUACUCAA